CACAGAAUGAGCAAAUCUUCUACUGCAACUGCACCAAAGAUUCCUUCCCAGCUUCCGUCAAAGUCUGCCUGGGCUCGGGGCCCUCCUCCGCACACAUCGACAGCAUCCUCCUCGCGCUCGCAGUCCCCUGCCCCCGCCAACGUCACCUCCCCAAAUGGCACCUCCUCAAAUUCUCACCCGACCCACUCGCGCCGUCCGAGCACCCUCGGCCAGGGCGUGUCCAUAAAGGAUGGCAUCAACAUACCACGCAACUCGGCCGGCGCUGCCAAGUCUGUGACAUUCGGCUCCAUCGACGACGCACCGGUGCCCAUCUCCUCCUCGCCCGCGUCCGCGCCGGCGGUCAAGGCCGAGACCGUAAAGUCGUUCGGGUCCACCCCUUCAAAUCCUUCCUCGGACCCCUCCCCGACGACCACCUCCGCACCCCCGCCUCCCUCGACGCCCUCGGCAGUCACAAAAAUAGACCGCAAGAGCAUUGCGAAACUCUUCCAGGGGCCGUCCCUGGCCUCGAAGCCCCCGUCCGAGAGCGCGCCCUCACCGUCGACACGGCCCAUGUCUUUGCCACCACAAUCGCAUCAGGGGUCUUCUCAGGGGCAGCCCUACUCGCCCCCGACGUUCACCCCGCGCUCGCAGGCGCAAAACGGGAGCAGCAACGGCGCUCCCCCGCGCUCGCCGGUAUACCCGCGCGCGAUGACGAACGGAACGAGCGGCGGAGUCAACAUGAGCGGGCGGCCAUCGACCGGUCCUGGGGGCCCUGGACCCAUGCCCACCGGCAUGCCCAGUCCUCGCCUCACCCCCCACCAGCACCAGCACCCAGGGCCCCCCGCGGGCCUGCCGCCCGCGGCGCCGAUGUGGCCGCAAACGUACUACGCGGCGCGGGAGAAGGAGGAGAAGGAGCGCGCGGAGGUGGAGAGUCGGGAGCGGGAGAAGCGGGAGAAGGAGGAACGCGCGCGGAAGGAGCAGGAGCAGCUCGAGCAGGAGAAGGAGAGGGAGGCGCAGCGGAAGCGGGAUGAGGAGGAGGCGCGGGUGCGCAAAGAGAAGGAGGCGGAAGAGGAGCGGGUGCGCAAGGAGAAGGAGGCCGAGGAGGCGCGGGUGCGGGCGCAGGAAGAGGAAAAGAAGCGGGCCGAGGAAGAGGAGCGGGCGCGCGAGGCGGAAGAGGCGGCGCGGUUGGAGAAGGAAGCAGGGAGGGAAGACGGCGAGAUCGACGACAAGGUCGCACCGAUCACCGACAAGGCCGUCGUCGACUCGCCUCAGCCCGCGCACGCGACGCUUUCGUUCGCCAGUCAACGUGCCGCCGAGAAAGAGGCGCUCCGCAUUGACACCAGUGCGCACCACCACGGCCCCGAGCCGAAGCGUCGUCCGGACCCGCUGAAUCUCAUCACCGGCGUCGCCGUGCCCGCGCCGCUGCCGUCUGCGCUGGCCACUGCGCGCAUCAUCGAGGACAUCGGGACGAUCCAGUAUCCCGAGGGCGUUCGCAGCCCCAAGGUGGAGCUGAACGUGAAUGCGCAGAAGGGCAAGUUCAGGUACGAUCGUGAUUUCCUGCUGCAGUUCAUGUCGAUCUGUAAGGAGAAGCCGGAUAACCUGCCGCCGUUGGAUGCCAUCGGACUCGAGCCGAGUGACCAGUCGACGUACAACAUGGCCCGGGGUGGCUCUGGUCGUCGCCCUCCGUCAGGAAUGGUCACCCCCGGCGGCGCGUCUCGUCAAGGGUCCGUCGGGCUCGGAUUCCUCCCCAGCUCGAUCGGCAAGUCCGGGCCGGGCAGCUCGUUCGCGAUGGGUCAGUUCUCGACGUCGAAGCUCACGAGCGAGGAGCGCUUCGCGAUGGCGUCGGGACGCUCGGUGUCGACGAGCGGCGCGGGCGGCAUCAUGCCGAUGGGCGGACGGCCGUCGGCGCUCGUGCGCACGUCGAGUCAGGGCGGUCCCGGCACUGGGAAGGAGCGCGAGCGGAUCCGGAGUCGGAGGGGCGAGAAGCGGCCGGAGACGAGUCGAUCGAGCGUCGGCGGGCACCCGUCUUCGUCGGGGCAGUCGAAUUCGUCGAUGAUGAUGAUGGGUCCCCCGCUGGACCCCGUCGCGCCGUUGGAGGCCUCCGCGAACCGGUGGGUCGCCGGGAGCACGCGCAGAGUGCAGGCUGUGGACUCGGACUCGCCCGAGGUCGUGGACCGCAAGGUGAAGGGCCUGCUGAACAAGCUGACGAUGGAGCGCUUCGACUCGAUCUCGGACCAGAUCAUCGCGUGGGCGAACAAGUCGGAGAAAGAGAAGGACGGACGGACACUGAUCCAGGUGAUCCGGCUCGUGUUCGAGAAGGCGACGGACGAGGCGACGUUCUCGGAGAUGUACGCGCGGCUGUGCCGGAAGAUGAUGGAGCAGAUCAGCGCGAAGGUGCAGGACGACGGGAUCAAGAAUGUGGAGGGCAAGCCGAUCACGGGCGGGCAGCUGUUCCGCAAGUAUCUGCUGAACCGGUGUCAGGAGGACUUCGAGCGCGGGUGGGUCGCGAAGGAGGUGGCCGCGGCUGCGGCUGCGAGCAAGGCAACCGAGGACGAGGCGGUCAAGGCCGCGCAGGACAAGGACAAGGAGGACGCGGGCGAGGGCGAGCUCUACUCGGACGAGUACUACGCGGCGCAGAAGGCGAAGCGGCGGGGCCUCGGGCUGAUCCGGUUCAUCGGCGAGCUGUUCAAGCUGCAGAUGCUGACGGAGCGGAUCAUGCACGAGUGCAUCAAGAAGCUGCUCGGCAACGUCGAGAACCCCGAGGAGGAGGAGAUCGAGAGUCUGUGCAAGCUGCUGAGCACGGUCGGCCAGAUGCUGGACACGCAGAAGGCGCACGCGCACAUGGACGUGUACUUCUCGCGCAUGAAGGAGCUGUGCAAGAGCCCGAACGUGAACUCGCGGAUGCAGUUCAUGCUGCAGGAUGUUCUCGAGCUGCGGGAGCGCAAGUGGAUACCCCGAGUCAAGAGCGCGGCUCCGGCCACGAUCGCCCAGAUUCACGAGGCGGCUGCCAAGGAGAAGGCCGCACAGGACAAGGAGACGCAACAGCGGAUGAACAUGUCCCGCACCGGCUCGCGCCGCGGAGGCGACCGCGGGGACUUCCAUGUGGGCCCCGACGGUUGGACCGUCGCGGGCACCGCCGGUCCCCCAAGACAACCGCCCAAGGCCGGCGACCUCUCGAACUUUGGCAAGAUCAGCAAGACGAUGCCGAUGUCUUUCGCGCCGGGCGGCGUGUUCGCGGGCAAGAAGGACAAGCCGCGCGAGGUGCCGCUCUCGCGGACGGCCUCGAGCCAGAACAUGUUCUCGAUGCUGAGCCAGAGCUCCGAGAUCGCUGUGGACCCUACGGCGCCCAAGUCGAGCCGUCCGCCGAGCCGCAAGGCGAGCGUGGACUUUGGGCAGGCUGCUCCGGCUGAGACGCCCUUGCAGCGGAAGAGGCUCAAUCUCCUGCCCCGCUCGGUGCCUAUGGAGAGGUCGGAGUCGGCCCCCGCCGCUUCGGAGGCGAGCUCGGACGACGAGCAGGCUGAGGUCGCGGGCGCGCCGUCGAUGUCCGAGGCCGACGCGAAGAAGAAGAUCGGCGAGGACUUGAAGGAGUUCUUCACCAUCCGGAGCAUCGAGGAGGCCGAGUCGUACUUCAGCACCCUGCCGUCGGAGCACCGGUUCCGGCUCGUGGACAAGUUGGUGCUGUCGGCCGUGGAGCGGAAGCAGGAGGACGCGGAGCUCGUCGCGGCGCUGUUCGUGCACGCGCGCAAGCGGGACCUGUGCUCGCCGGCGUCGUUCGAAGAGGGCUUCACGGAGCUGGCGUCGCUGCUCGACGACUUGGUGUACGACGCGCCGAAGGCGUUCGAACUGACGGCCACCAUGAUGAAGGGCGCGGGCCUCGAUGCAGACGAGGAGCGGCGGGCGCGGCUCGUGGGCAAGUCGGCGGACAGCGAGAGGUUGGUGGCGCUCUUGACAUGACACUGCACGGCGCCGCGUCGUGCGGUGCUGGCGGUAUAGACUCGAGCUUGGUUCAUCGUUCCUUAGUUCAUACGCAUCGCAAGCCUCUUAAUUCUUCAUCUACAUACGUACUCUCCUGCCGUAACUUCGUUCCGCCCUACUUGCUCCUUGCGCCUGCGUGAUACACUUACCCCUCACGUCGUCGCCUGCUUUAUAUUCCCUGUCUCUCCGUCUCUCUCUCCGUCCGUCUCGCUCUCCGCUUUCCUCCUCCUUUCUCUUUUUGCUGCUUCUGCUUUUCAUUUCAGUCACACAGUGUUGUUUUCUUUUACCGCCCGUCUCUUUUCUGUCUUUCUGUCUUUCCCUCCUUCGUUCUUCCUUCCUCCCUUUCUUGCAGGGUUGCUAUGUAUGUAACUUAGUGCGUAUGAUCAAGGCAGCCUUGAGACGCCGGUCGACGAUAGUACUAGAGCGUGUGUUUUUAGAUCUGGCAUAGUUGGACAAUGCAUGCACCGAAGGUCUCCUCCCG